GAGUCCGAAAAAAAAAUUACAUCACAAAUCGCCAUCUGAGUCGAUUUUCAACAUUUUUGAUAAACUUGAUAUUGUAUUAAUUAAAAAAGAAAUGGAACGCGUGGCUAUUAAUAUUCAAAAGCUGAUGUUACGCAGUAGACCUAACUGCGUAUUGUUAUAUUCUACCCGCCCCUUCUGUUUUCUAACUAAUGCAAAUUAUAAACAGUUUCAAUUAUCGACAAAAUCAGACGAUCCUCUCUUCAACAAAGUCAAAUCAGUCAAAUGUCAACAAAGUCGAUGGUUUGCAAAUAGAAAUGAUACAAAACACUUGAGUACUUUUAGCAGACAAAAGCUGUUGCGGUUACAAUGGGCAGUGACUUAUGCCACAGAGUCUGGUGAUUCAAAAAAGAAGGCUGAUGGAACAGUUAAUAUUCCUUUUUGGGGUAGACUGCUAAUUGUUUCCAGCAUAGCUGGUGGUAUUUACUACAUGUUUUAUAGUGCUGACAGGUCCCAAGAGUUAGAGGACGAAAAGUUUCGGUACGAGGAAUUCAAGAAAAUUGAAAUGGGUGGAGACUGGACACUUACUGAUCAUUAUGGAAACAAAAGGUCAAGCACUGAUUUUCGAGGAGAAUGGAUCAUAAUUUAUAUGGGAUUUACUCAUUGUCCUGAUAUCUGUCCAGAAGAAAUGGAGAAGCUGGGAAAAAUUGUCAAAACAUUUGAUGAAAAUCCAGAUUUGCCUGAUCUGCAGCCAAUGUUCAUCACUCUAGAUCCAGAGCGAGAUUCACCUUCUGUUAUCAAAGAUUACUUGAAAGAUUUUGCAUCACCUCGAAUAAUUGGGUUUACUGGAACUGAAGAUGAAAUUAGGGAGAUUGCUAAGAAAUUUCGAGCUUACUUUGGCAAGGGACCCAAAGACUCAGACAAUGACUAUAUAGUGGAUCAUACAAUAAUCACUUACCUGAUCAACCCUAAAGGAGAGUUCGUCAACUACUUUGAUAGAAGUGUGAAGGCUGAGAAUAUCAUUAAAACUGUGACAGAACAUAUAAAGAAAUAUAAUGAAUUAGAGAAGAGAAAUCUACUUUAGUGUCAAACCAUAUUUCAAAUGCUAUUUAUGAAUGAAUCAACACCUUUAAAUACAUUCUUAAUCUUGGAGGUUUUUUUUAAAUGAGCAUCUAUUGUGAAAUGAAUGUGUUAAAAUGUUAACUGUAUGUAAAAAAAUUAUUCACUGUAUAGCAGAGGCUUUUAUUAGUUAAAUGUAGUAUUUGAAGGAGUGUAUUUAAAUUGUAAUUAAAGACAGAUUAUUACU